AUGAACAUUGUGACGUUCAUCAUAUACAAAAAAGAAAUUCAAAAUCUCAUAACGUCCUUGUACAGAAACUUCUACAUUCACGGGACAAACCUCUCGGCCGAGGAGUCAUCCGUUGUUCGGGAAGCAAUGGACCACGCGAGAAGCAUGACCAUAGGCUACGUCACCCUUUACAGCAUCACUGGCUUAUCAAUGAUCCUGCACCCCCUCACUUUCAAGUCAACCGAUCUGGACCAGGAUGACGCUUUUAAUCACACAGAAGGACCUCACAGGAUUCUGCCCUUUAAGACCUGGUAUCCGAAAUGGGACACCACGAAGAGCCCGCAGUAUGAAAUUGAGUACUUCGUUCAGGCCACGUUAACGGCUUUGGAAGCGUGGUGUGUGUCCUGCACUGAUACCUUCUGCGUCACUCUGAUGAUCUACGCGGGCUGUCAGUUCGACCUCCUUGGCCUUGCGUUGAAGAACAUGAACAAGAACAUGAAAUCUGACAUUGGAGCACAUAAAAAGGGAACAAACGCUUCUUAUCCCAUACAAACCCUUUCUCUGAAUAACUCAACGUUGCCUGUGAUACCGGAAGAAAACGAAGGUAAAAUCCGAAAUAAUGUUAGCACCAGUGGUCGUUUGAAGGCGUCAGAUGAGAGUACUUUACAAGACAAGGGGUGGGAGGACGGAUACCAUGUGCCACCUACGGUGAAAUCCUGCAUGCAAGUUGAAAGAGAAACCGCAACUUAUAUUAAAGAAUGUAUCAAGCACCAUCAAUCAGUCCUUGUGUAUGUCGCGGAAAUGAAUAAAUGCUUCAGCACUCUUUUCUUCGUCUUGUUUAUGACAGCAUCACUUCUAAUUUGUCUACUGGGAUUUCAAGUUAUCGUGAAGCCACCGAGGGGUUUGAUGUUCGUCAGGGUGUUACUCCAUUGGUUAUGCACAGUGUUUGAACUGGGUUUCUUCUGCUGGUACGGGUCUGAAGUCAUGCACAAGAGCGAGCGUGUGUACCAAAAGGCUUACGACUGUGCAUGGCAGGACCUUUUCAGUGGGGCGAAGCAGUUCAUCCCUGUGAUCAUCAUGAGGGCACAGCGCCCGGCUGCAGUGAGAGCGGGACUCUUCGGGAACAUUUGCCUGCCCACUUUCGGCACACUAAUGAAGAACGCUUACUCAUACUUGGCAAUCCUGCGACAGAUGCACGAAGGAGACGGUGCCUGAAAAUGUAGCUCACGCACUGGAAUCUUCUAGCUUAAAGCACGUAGAGAUGCUUUACGCAUUAGGAACUGCUGACAGAUAGAUGGAAUGACUACAGUUGCUACUUUAAUCAAACACUACAUGUGGAAAUGCCAGUAGUAUUUAUCUGCAAGACUGAAGUCACUCAGUACAGAAGAAUUUCACCUUCUACAACUAAUACUUUUGGUUUUACGCACGAGAACUAAAAAAUCCUUACUUGUUGUUCCCACUUAAAUGGUCACAUUUUUGUCUACUCAACAUAUCAAUGUAUGAAUGAGCAAGUUUUAGGAAAAUAUAUGUUAC